AUGAAAUUUGAUAAGGAAGACGAAGUUAACUAUCGUAUUCGUUUGACUGCUUCUGUAAAUGUGACUCGAUUAUUGUUGAAACAAGGGUUGGCUUUUCGGGAAAAUGAUGAAUCAUUGGAGUCUGAAAAUAGGGGAAACUUUCUAGAGAUACUUGAUUGGUUGCGUGAGAAAAAACUUGAGGUAGCAGCGGUGACAUUGGAGAAUACUCCUCUCUCUAAUCAGAUGGGUGAGUACAAUGGUUUGAAAUCACUUAUAUUGAAUGAAAAUCCAUCUGCCAAGUACGUUCAUUGUUUUGCCCAUCAGCUCCAAUUAGUUGUGGUAAAUGUUACAAAAGCACAUGGUGUUGUUCUUGAUUUACUUACUCAAGAGAUGGAGAAUCGUUUCCCAGAAGUGAAUACGGAAUUGCUUACUUGCAUGAAUUGCCUUAGUCCAAAAAACUCAUUUGCUAGCUUUAAUGUUGACAAGUUGGUUCGUCUUGCAGAACUUCAUCUGGAUGACUUUUCGUCUAUAGAAUGUAUGUCUCUUCCAUAUCAACUUAAAACUUAUACUAUCAAUGAUUUAGUUGAUAAAGUUGAGAUCUCAAGCAUUGAAGAUUUGGGAAAUUUAGCAAAGAUUUUGGUUUGUACCGCAAGAGAUAAAGCUUUCCUCUUGGUGUACUGUUUGAUUGAGUUGACACUGAUCCUCCCGGUUGCAACAGCUUCUGUCGAGAGAGUAUUUUCUUCAAUGAAACUUACUAAGAAAGAUUUGCCUUAA